CAAAAAGAAUGAGUGAUAAAGAACUUAAGAAAUGUUGCCAUGAGGAUAGUAUGAAACUAAGAAUAUUAGCAAUUCAUGGAUACAGACAAAAUGCGGAAACGUUUAAGGCCAAAACUGGCUCGUUCCGAAAAAUGGUUCAUAAAUGGGCCGAAUUUACAUACAUUACAGCCCCUCAUAAAGUGAUUAAUAUUGAAGACCCUGGUGACAUAGGAAAGGCCGAUCCAGAUAUUAUUCAAAGCCAAGAAGAAGAUCAGUUCGGAUGGUUCUUCAACAGAGAUGAUCUCACCUUUAGAGGCACGAGAAAAGGCGGUCCCGCAAUAGGUUUUGAAGAAACCAUUAAAUUAAUCGAAGAUGUUUUCAAAACGGAAGGACCUUUCGAUGGAAUAUUAGGCUUCUCUCAAGGAGCUUGUUUAACCGGUCUGUUAUGUGAUUUACAACAAAGAGGAUUGAUCAAUAUUAGUUUCAAUUUUGCGAUAAUGUCAUCAGGAUUUAAAUCAGGAUCAUUGCCUCACUUGAAAUAUUACAGCGACCGUAUCAAUUUACCUUCUCUUCAUAUAUUCGGUCAGAAUGAUGAAAGGAUAUCUUCAGAAUUGAGUGAAGCACUAAGUAAUUGCUUUAUUGAGCCAAUGAUAGUACGCCAUACGGGGGGACAUUAUUUACCAGCAACUGCUGCGCAGAAGCACGAUUACCAACAGUUUUUCAAACUUAUGCUUUUUCAAAAACAACAAGCAAAACAAUUAGAGAAAAACUGAUUAAUAAAGUUAAUUUAUUUCUGAAUGGUCUAAAAACAAUCCCUAAUUAAAUGCGUAAAUAGUAAUCAGUUAGUCUAAUAUUUGCCUUAAACAUUUUACAAUUAAUAUCUAUUGUGGUCAGCCUUUCUACGAUCGUUAUAGUUUAGUCUCCUGCCAGCUCUCUCUCUAUUGAAAGAGUUGUCUCUGAAAUGCCUGCCUCCUUCGUCUCUGUAUUGAUCUCGGAAAUGGUUCCUGUUGUUGUGAUUGUCUUGGGGUCUGUUCUGAUUAAUUGCCGAUCGUUGCCUCGAGUAAACAGGCGAAUCCAACCUCUCUGACAGUCUGUUUCUGGAAUUGUGAUUUUCCUGCGAACGGUUCCGGAAGUGGUCGUGUUGGGGCGCCGGGCCUAUUCGUGAAUGAACCGAUGCAUCGUUUACUUCGGUUAAUCUGUUCGAGUUGCUGUGCCUGGGUUUUAUGAGUAAUGAUUUAUCGUAAAGCCUGAUUCCGUUUAGCAAGCGUUGGACGUAUUCAACGGAUUCCUCGUGCUUAAACGUAACAAAAGCGAAAUUUGAUUUUCUACCUUCCCUAUCUGUGGGUAUUUUAACUCGUUCCAAAGGUGCGGCCUGCACGAAAAGCUCGUACAACAGUUCUUCGGUGACUUUGUCGGAUACGUUACCGCAGAAAACGGUUCUUGAAUCAUCCAUUAUAAUUUGUAUUAUUUAAAUAUUAGAAAAUAAUAUUUGGAAAAAUUUUA